UCUCUGCUUCUGUGUUGGAGGUUGCCUCUUGUAAUGAACCUCAUUGACUUAUAAUUGACUAUCUGCGACUGCUCUUCUCUUUUGUUCACCUGGAAAUUCCUAGUGCAGUGUAUAAAUAAUUCAUGUUCCUUUGAAACAACAAAAACCUGCCGUUUUUACUGUUAUACAAUCUAAAGUCUGGCAGGCACUAUCGAUUACGUUCGCUGUGACGUACGUACGUUGUUUGACGAAGUCGGAAAUGAAUUGAAGCUUAGCGUUGGAGAUCAUCAAAAUAGUGAAAUGCUUUAGUUUUCAAAUCGUACAAUUCAGUAACAUAUAGCAGAUAUUCAGCUACACAGACUACCGAUUCCGUUAACGAUUGGUUAGUUACAUUGCUUCGAUCAAGAUGGAGGACACUGGCUCAGAGUCUGUGGCCUCACCACCUUCAGGUGCAGCAAAAUCAAAGUUGGACACGUUGUCCAAGGAUGACCUCAUCAAGUUUGCCAAGAAGCAGAUGGCUGCCAUCCAGAAGAUGAAGUCCAAAUGUGCAGAUUUGGAGAAGGAAGUUGACACCCUCAAGUCUCAGCCAACAGGCAAUUCAGACGACUCCGUCAUACAGGAGCUGACUGAGAGGAUGAGUGCCUUGCUGCUGGAGAAAGCUGAGACCCAGCAGAGUGCAGUGUUACUGCGGAAGGAGAAUGAGAAGGCCAAGCAGCGGGAACAGGAUGCAAUAAGAAAACUGGCCACCCUGCAGGGAGAGUUGAACCAGGCCAAGGAAGACCAGCAGAAAAAGAUGGCCACUUUUGAGAAGACCAUGCACGUAUCCCAGGCCAAACAUAAAGAAGAAGUCGAAUUCUUUCAGAGGCUUCUGAGAGAGAAAGACGAGCGUGACAGAGAGAAAGAAAAGCAUAGGGAAAGAGAAAAGGAAGAUACAAACGACAGUGUAGAAGCUGUUAGUCACAGCCUGAAGUUGCAGAUCCUGAGUCUGCAGACGGAGCUAGCUGCAGCGGUGGAGCGAAGCGCCCAGGAGGCUGCAGCGCUGCAGGAGGACCACCAGAGGGCGCAGACAGAGGCCCAGCAGGAAGUAGAGAACAUACGAGAGGAGUUGGCCCAGCAUAGCAUGCAACAUGAAGAGGAGCUGAGAGCUCUGGAGGAGGACUUUGAGAUGGAGAGAGAGAGACUGCUACUUCUCCAAGAGGAGCUCAGUGAGCAGCUCGCUCUCAAAGACAGCUUCCUGCAGGAUGUGCAGGAGGAAGAGGAGGAGCCUAGCGGCCGCAGCUCAGGAAUAGCCAGGAUGUUGGAGCUGUCUGGUUUAAGUCAGAUUGAUGCCAGUGAUGGAGAGACGGAGACUGGACAGCUCCGAUCCGCCUUGGAGGACCUGCAAUCCCAGAAUACAAUGCUGCAAGACGAACUGACCUUCUUGGGCAAUGUGAAGACUCAACUGGAGGCGGAGCUUGAGAGGAUGAGGGAGGAGUUUCAGACAGAGAAGGAGGAGCUAGAAUUUAAGAUCGAUGAGUUGCUGAUGACCCGGGAGGGUGCGACCCCUGACCUGAAUAUGACCCCUUACCGAGACCCUCUGAGCCCGGCAACCCCCAAGUGUGACCUUCAGGAGGUUCCAGCCCUCACUCAUCUCCAGCAGAGUGGGCCACAGAGAGAACCAGCGUACAGCCUGCCUGCCAGCUCUGCUAGCCCCUCCAGCCCUUUCCCUGACACAGACCACCAGAGUUUGACCCUGGAAGAACAGCAGAGACUGAUCCUAGAGGUCCAGGAGCUGAGGAACCAGUGUGAGACCUUAGCUAGAGAGAAUACCCAGGCGGUGGGUGAAUGUGAGUCUCUAGCCAGAGAGAGGCGCCAGGCAGUGGAUGAAUGUGAAUACCUAGCCAGAGAGAGGGGCCAGGCGGUGGCUGAGUGCGAACACACCAGAGACAUCCUGAGAGGCCUGGAGACUGAGCUAGGUCAGAGGACUGGGGACUUCGUCAGACAAUAUGAAGCUAUGAAGGAACAGGGGGCGUCAGCGAUCCAGGAGCUACAGGAGAGAGUCAGAGGGCUAACUGAGGAGAGAGAGAGUCUGGUAGAGAAGUUGAGAGGGCUGAAUGAAGACAGAGACAGCCUGUUGGAGAAGAUCCAGGGCCUGGAGAAGAGGCUGGAGAGCUUCCUGGAGCAGACACAGGCAGCUGAGGGGCUGAAGGAGCAUCUGCAGACAUCUCUGGAGGAGAAGACAGAAUUAGCUCUCGAGUUUAAGACCUCUCUGGAGGAGAAGACUGUGUUAGCCUCUGAGCUAAAGGCCUCUCUUGAGGAGCAGACAGCGUUAACCCUUGAGCUAAAGGCUUCAGUGGAGGAUCUGAGCAGGCAGAACGGGGAGAUCCUCUCUCAGCUACAGAUGAAGGAGAGUGCUGUUCAGGAGUUGGAGGAUUCACUCAAUGUGGUGAGCACAGAGAGAGACCAAACACUGUCAGCACUGCAGGAGAUGGAGGUGGUGAGGCUGAGGGAGGUGGAGGGGAGGCAAGGCCAAAGAGAAAGGGUGGCUGAGCUACAGGCUUGUAUAGAGGAGCUGGAGAAGGAGAGGAGCCUGCUGAAGAGCAGCCUAGGGGAGGUGCAGGGGAGCCCAGGGGAGGAGGUGGAGGAGCUGCAGGCUUGUGUAGAGAAGCUUGAAAAGGAGAGGAACCUCCUGAAGUGUAAUCUGGGGGAGCUGGUGGGAGAUACUGAAGCUCUACAGAGAGACCUGGGAGAGAUGAAACUGGCCAAUGAGAAGAUGAGAACAGAGAACCAGGAACUAUUGGCCCAGGUCAGCAACACUACAGAGACACUGGCAGACAAAGAGAGGGAGCAGAAGGUGGGAGCAGAGACGGAGAGAGAGGAGGAAAAACAAGAGGAGAGGAGAGCGCUACAACAGCAGCUAACAGAAAAGGACAAAGUCAUAUCCCAGCUGAAGAGUGAGAUGGCUGUCCUUCAGUCUACAGCCUCCACUGUCUCAGAGAAGAACACAGAGUUCACUGAGAAAAUCGGUACGUUCCUAAUUACUACUGUAAUGGAGAACUUCAGAACAGGGAACUGGGAUACUAUGACCAGUAAACACAGAGGAGCAGUACUAACAGUGUCAUCAACUUCAAUCAAUGUGUGGUGUGUAUUCUGUUUUCAGGCUGAGCUGUCAUUUGUCACUACUGAGUUUGACAGCUAUAAGGUCAGAGUUCACAAUGUCCUCAAACAACAGAAGAACAAGAGUUCGGCACAGAGUGACGGACACGCCACCAAACAGGAAAGAGAGCAGAUGGAGUCCAUGGUGGACCAGUAUAAAGCCAAGCUGCAGGACAGUCAGCAGAGUCUGGCGGUGAGCACUGCAGAGUUCCAACAGCUCCAGAUGGAACACGACACACUGCUGGAACGACACAACAAGAUACUGCAGGAGACCGUCACUAAAGAGGCCGAACUCAGAGAGCGACUCCUGUCUCUCCAGGCGGAGAGUAUGUCGCUCAGGACAGAGCUUGCCCAGACGGUGGGUCAACUUACCUCCCAGGCCGACGCCCAACGCUCAGGGUUCCGGGAGCAGAUCCGCCACCUUCAGGAUGAACACAGAACUACAGUAGAGACCCUGCAGAACCAGAUGACCCGGCUGGAAAACCAACUAUUCACAUUGCAGAGCCAGACCGCUCCAGUCCAGACCAGUCGUAAGCCAGUGGUGGACCGCCGGACUGUGGACCAGGGGGCGAUGGGAGGGCUGGGCCUGGGCCUCAGUGACCUCCAGUCCAUGGCUAGAGAGGAGGGGGAGGGUAUGGAGACCACUGAGACAGAGUCCCUGUCCCCCCCACACACACCCCUACCCUCACUGGAGCAUCUACUCACCUCCCCAGACCCCAAACAGGAGCCGUUUGUGUGGCAGGUGGAGCCGACUAAAGAGGAGUUAAGUCAGAAGUUGGCCACAGCUACACGCAGUAUGGAACACAUGAACAGUCUACUGCAUGAGACCGAGGCUACCAACGCUGUUUUGAUGGAACAGGUCAACCUGUUGAAGUCUGAGGUGCGUCGUCUGGAGCGUAACCAUGAGAGGGAGAAGAGUGUAGCCAACCUGGAGUAUCUGAAGAAUGUCCUCCUGCAGUUCAUCUUCCUGCGGUCAGGCAGUGAGAGACGGGCUCUGCUCCCUGUCAUACACACCAUGUUAAAACUCAGCCCUGAGGAGAAGAAUAAACUGGCUGCUAUCGCAAUGGGUGAGGAGGAGGUGGGAGGAGCUAAAGGCUCAGGAUGGACCUCCUACCUUCACAGCUGGUCUGGCAUCAGAUAAAGACACAUCAACUACUGCCAUCUCACUACCUGCCUUCACUUUCAUCUGAUCAAUAUGUCUGAUCAACUGGAGUUAUUGAAAAGUCUUCAUAUAUUAUUGAUGAUCAUUAAUCUACUUGAAAUGAAGCAAGUGCUGACAGCAGCAAAACAAGCCAAUGCUCUUUUAACUGUUUAGUUACUGGACCGGUGAUGAUUCCUCAAUGCCUCACAUUCAAUACUUUGAUUGUUUUUUACGACUGAAUUUGUAGCUUGGUAAUAAUCCGCUCCAUGCAGCACCUAAGUUAAAAUGGUUAAUGAAGUGAACUAUGACUGUGAUAACACAUUUCACUUAAGAUCUAAUGUAGAGUGUUCAACCGACAAUUAUAACAAUUCACAGCUGUUUCGAUGUGUCAAUAUUACAUACCAAAGAAUGUUAUGUUAAUAUGUAGGUACGUAGUCUGUAAUUGGUCAAUGUGUGUAUAUGUAGUAAUUAUGUACUUGCUGUGAAAUUACAAUGUUAUUGCAAUGUGGGGCUGCUUUUUUCAAGUUAACGAAUCAUGCAGAAAGGGUACUGGAUAUCAAUGACUUGGCCUCUGCUCUGUAGUCCUAUGGUUGUGCUUCAUAUCACAUCAUCAUUUACAAACAGAUAUCUGCACUUGAAUUUACACAUUUGGUGGACUAGCACCAACUGUGACAUGAGGUAUAGGAGUCACAUUAGGCUCUCAUUUACUAUGACCAAGGCUGCGCCUGAAAUUGUACUCUUAUUUCCCAUAUAUUGCACUAUAUUGGGAUAAAGUGCCGGUUCAGAUUUGGCUCAUCUCUUACCCAGGGUUAUAUGCUAAUGUCAUUGUUCUGUGUUAUUCCUAAGGCAUAUUAAUGAAUGAGGCCAGAUGGGGACAAGUAAUACAUGGGAAUAACUGAAUGUACUCGUAAUGAAUAAUUGGAUAUUUAAACUGGGAAAGUAUAUUGUUAGGCUAUAAAAUAUGAAUGAUUAGUGAUGUUGUAAACUGGUGAGGGUUUCCAGUCCUCACAGUUUGGUUGAAGUUGAUAUCCUCUCUGGGUUAAGACAUGAUUUAGAAAAGGACAAAUAAGUCAAAGUUAAGCAUACAUUUUAGGUCAACCAUUUUAUAUAAAAAGGAGACCUGCAAUCAGUAGCAAAACCACCAUUCUUUUUCCUUAGGGAUUAUUUAACUGAAUAAACAUGACAAUUAAUAUAUAUACUUUUUUUUAAUGAUGAUUUUUUACUUUCUUGGCCUGCCGUUACUCUUGUUCAACUAAAACUGUAAUGUCUCAUCUCAACUUUUUAAGUCACCCCAAUUAAAUGAUUUUGAGGUAAAUUGA